GUGUGUUGGUUACCGGCUAAGACUUCAUUUGAUGUUAUUAAGCAGCUAUGAUUUUUGGACCAAUGCUGGUUCCCCUGACAUUCAUCCUGUAGGGUGGUGUGAGAAGACCAAACAUGAAUUGCACAUCCCUAAGGGUUAUAGAAAAGAUAAAUUUGUUUGGAUGGAUUACCUGAAGGCCUGCAAAUUGCAAAAUGCUCCUAAGAAAUUAUUCAGAAGCAGAAGUUCCAAUGGGCCAGUGCCUAAGGAGUUUCAGGUCGGAAUGAAGCUGGAGGCGGUCGACAGGAAGAACCCUUCUUUGGUGUGUGUGGCAACCAUAGCAGAUAUUGUGGAAGAUCGCCUCCGAGUGCAUUUUGACAAUUGGGAUGAUAGUUACGAUUACUGGUGCGAUAUUAAUAGUCCUUAUGUCCAGCCAGUUGGUUGGUGUCACGAAAAUGGAAGAACUCUGAUAGCACCCCAAGGUGAGCAGACUGUCUGGGUUUUCUUUGAAGUGCUCUCUAUUGAAUGGCUAUUCCCAUUUUUAUUUUUGUUUAUUCAAAUGAUACAUGAUGAAAAAGGCUGUGCAGCAGCUGGUCCACCAUCAGAUGUCUAA